ACUGGGCUGUCUCGCUGCUCCCUAACAGUGUCCGCGUCAGAGUUGCCGCUUCGCUCAACGGCCUGCUGGUUCCAAGGUCUCCAUUUCAAAAGAAUGGCUUGUUUGGCCCUGGUGCCCUUUUUGUUGGAUCGUCCCUCCUUCCUUGUUCCAGGUUCCAGAAUCGGUUCUUCAGCAGCAUACAUUCGUUUGUUGGUAGUAGUCUGAUCUUCUUCUGUUCUCGAUUGCCGCCGUCGUUGUUACUAUUCCGCGCCUGCUGCUCACUAACCAACAUUGUCAAGUCAGCCGGACAUUGCUCCUCGCUCACUUCCCACUUCUAGUUGAUUGUGGUUGCAUUCCAACAGAAAUUCCGCACCGCCGCCGGCCCUCCGUCACUCGUCACUUGUCGCUCGCUUGUUCCAACAUCACAUAACCCACGCUUAUCUACAGUCCUCCCUCCGUCUACUUUCCCUCCCACCUCGCACCUGACCGAUAGGUAGCCCUUUAUCGAGCCCCGCCACCCUGUCCAGCUCACCCGCACAAUGAAUGUCAAUAAGAAACUGGAUCGCUUCAAGCAAUGGGCUGGGGAACGCAUGGGCGGAGAAGUCAAGACCAACGUCUCCGAUGACUUCAAAGCAAUGGAGCUUGAGAUGGCCCUGCGCCAGGAGGGGCUCGAAAAGAUGCAGCGCUCCAUGAAUGCACAUGUCAAGGCUAUUUCCAAAAGAUCCGAGAUAGAGGGCAAGGAGAAGACGCUACCGAUCGCCCAUCUGGGUGGAACAAUGAUUUCUCACGGUGAAGAGUUUGAAUCAGAUUCAGAGUACGGCCAAUGCCUUAUAAUGAUGGGAAGAAGCCAUGAACGACUAGCACGCGCCCAGGAAACUUUGAUAGUCGGCGCCACCACCUCCUGGCUUGAGUCAUUGGAGCGAUCGCUCGUGCAGAUGAAAGAAUACCAAGCGGCUCGCAAGAAACUUGAAACCAGACGGCUGGCAUACGACACGUCCCUGGCCAAAAUGCAGAAGGCGAAAAGGGAGGACUUCCGAGUCGAGGAAGAACUUCGAAGUCAAAAGGCCAAAUACGAAGAAUCCGCCGAUGAUGUGAUGCGACGAAUGGAAGAGGUCCGCGAGUCCGACCCUGACAGCGUCAACGAUCUUGGUGCUUUCCUUGAUGCUCAGUUGGCCUACCAUGACAAGUGCAGAGACGCACUCUUGCAGCUUAAAAAUGAAUGGCCAUCAAGACUCCCAUCGCAAGGUCGUCCAAGCCGACCCACACCGCGCUCCAGAUCGAACACCGUCCGGUCGCAUACACAGUACGUUGAACCUGUUGAGGAAGUACCUGUAGUAGACGUGCGACCCUCGAUCAAAUCUGCUCGGAGUAUGACUAGUAGAUCAGUGGAGAACCCCCUCUCCGACUUUUCUCCUGCCAUCUCCUCUUCACGACCCGGGUAUACGAGGUCUACCACGCUCGACAGCCCGCGUCAAGUGAUUCGUGAGCUGUCUCCAGGUACUAUGCCUCGCAUGAUUCGAGUUCCCAGUGAUUCGCUCAUGGUUAGGACAGCUCGUUCCAACCUGCGCAAUUUAGAUGAGGGUGACAUUUUUGCGGACGACUCGGGAUCAUAUACGAACAGCAGCCCAGAUCAUGGCUACGGUGAAUCUGUAUCACCGGCAACUUCACAGGGCAGUGGGUCGUUUACACCGCUCAAGAAGAGCGCAGCACCGCCUCCACCUCCUUCGCGAGCUAAGAAGCCACCUCCACCACCAAUCCCAGCCAAAAGAACCGCGAUCACCUGAUUGCAACGUAAUCAUUCGCACCAGGCUACUGCCGAGAAGCAGAAAAUAUCAAUCGAGGGCAGUUUGGCGUUGGUGGCUACGGCGCUCGCGUUGGAGAGCGAUUUUAUUCGAGCAGAGACGGGUUUUCGGGCGUGGUCUUUGGACAUGGCACAUAUCUUACAUGAUAGAGUUAGCAGCUCAUGAUAAAACAUUUCGGCCUGAGUAACCUUUUA